AUGAGGGUGAAAUUAGUUUCAUGGAAUGUAAGGGGUCUAAACGAGGAAAAUAAAAGGGGAUUAGUUAGAAAUCUAGUUAGUCAAUGGGGGGCAAAUAUUUAUGUCUUAGUGGAAACUAAACUGACGGGUAACGUAAGUAGUCUAUUGCAUACUAUUUGGAACAAUAAAUGGGUGGGGGAGUUGCAUUUGGAAGCAGUGGGGAACAGUGGAGGGAUACUAAUACUAUGGGACAUUAGGGUCUGGGAAGGGGAGUUAGUAGAGAGUGGUGAGCAAUGCAUUUCUUGCAAAUUAACAAGUCAGAACCAGAAUUUAACAUGGUACCUGGCGACUGUCUAUGCGAAGUGCAAAAGAAUGGAAAUAAGGGAUCUCUGGUGUGAAUUGGGAGCCAUGAGAAGUCUAUGUGAAGGGCCGUGGGUAGUGUGUGGUGAUUUUAAUGUCGUCAGAUAUCCAUCAGAAAGAACAAACUGUUCAUCUAUCAAUGUGGCUAUGUUAGAAUUCUUUGAUUGUAUUGAUGAGCUGGAGCUUAUAGACCCUCAUUUAUUUGGAGGGUCUUUCACUUGGAGAAGAGGAGAGAACCAUACAACUGCAUCAAGGAUUGACAGAAUAAUGUAUUCUGCUCAAUGGGAGAAACUCUUCACCCUCAUUAGACAAUCAACUCCUCCAAAGUUGGUAUCUGAUCAUAACCCAGUUCUACUGACUUGUUUUGUCUUAGCUGAAAAGCUGAAACUCCUAAAAAGGAAAUUAAAGGAAUGGAGCAAGAAUAAUAGGAGCAACUGGAAACAACAAAAGGAAGAAAUCCUUGACAAAUUGUCCAAAUGGGAGAUCCUUCAGGAGCAAAGACCACUUACAAAUGAUGAAUUAAUGCAAAAAACAAAUUUGGCAAUGUCCUUUGAAGAAGUUGUCAAAAAUGAAGAGAUAAGAUGGAGACAAAGAUCUAGAAUACAAUAG